AUGCAUUUCUAGACUAUAUAUCCCGGCUGCAGCAGCGGAGUUGUCAGAGUGCAGAGCCGGACGCAGGGGAAGAACUCUCUUGGACUUGACGACUUAGGAAUUCAGGACUUGGGACAAAUUAUCAGCCUUUGCCCUGCAGUGGGCAGCGCUUCGAUGCUGAAGAUGGAGCCCCUGAACAGCACGCACCCCGGCACCGCCGCCUCCAGCAGCCCCCUGGAGUCCCACGCGCCCGGCAGCGGCAGCAACGGCAACGAAUACUUCUACGUUCUGGUUGUCAUGUCCUUCUACGGCAUUUUCUUGAUUGGAAUCAUGCUGGGCUACAUGAAAUCCAAGAGGCGGGAGAAGAAGUCCAGCCUCCUGCUGUUGUACAAAGACGAGGAGCGGCUCUGGGGGGAGGCCAUGAAGCCGCUGCCCAUCGUGUCGGGCCUGCGGUCGGUGCAGGUGCCCAUGAUGCUCAACAUGUUGCAGGAGAGCAUGGCGCCGGCGCUGUCCUGCACCCUCUGUUCCAUGGAAGGGGACAGCGUGAGCUCCGAGUCCUCCUCCCCCGACGUGCACCUCACCAUCCAAGAGGAGGGGGCGGACGAUGAGCUGGAGGAGACUUCGGAGACGCCCCUCAACGAAAGCAGCGAAGGGUCCUCGGAGAACAUCCAUCAGAAUUCCUAGCACCCCCGGGCCUCCGGAGGCGGCUCCGUCAGCCAGCACCGUUAGAGAGAGGAAAGACAUUUUUCAAGUGUCUGGUUUCACUUUUGCAGUGCAGCUGCCACUUUGAAGAGACCCUCCGCAAGCCCCUGAGUCAGGAUGGGGAGGGGACAAGGCUCAGCCGAGCCAGCUGCAGCGAGGAGGCCAGGACGUGCCAGCGGUUUGGACUCGCCACUGAAAAAGCCCGGAAGACGAGAGCAGUGUGUACACUGACUGUGGGGCCAGGGUGUUGGGGUUCCUGUUAGGAAUUUGGCCGGAUGAUAUGCUUGUCAUGUUCUCACUGGAUGCCCUGGGUAACUCUGGCAGCACCUGCCCGUUCCCAGGGCUGCCAAAUGCCUAGGGCAUGCUGAGGGGCUAGUUUUGAUUUGCUAAUUUGCCUAGAGCUUUGUUCUUCCAGAUCUGAUUGGUUGCAAGUAUCUCUACUGUGUACCUGUGGCAUUACUUCACAGCUGGUUACAAGCUUCUUUUGGAUUAGAGGGGGAUAUUUGAUGGAGGAUUUUUGAUGGGAGAAAGCUGGAGUUCUGAACCAGCCCAUUUGCACACU